UAACAUUUCUUCAGUCAGUGAAGAUGCAGUGAAGUGUUUGGUUGUGUCAAGACAGCGAGGCGUAUGAACUGUAAUUUAUUUUAUAAAAUUUCAAGUGUGUGUGUGAGUGUUUGUGUUUGAAGAGUGGAUUUAUUGUAUUUUUGUCGUGGUCGAAAGUAUUAGUCGCAAGAAUUAUCCCCCCCCCCUAAGUUUUUGUCAUAGUGAAACGUAAACAUUUUGUUGUUCUUCUUCAACUGAGAAACGAUGCCUUGUUCGGCGGUCACCUUGUCUCUGGCGACAAUAACAGCCAUCGUGGCUGUUGCACUGCUAGCCAUCGCCUUUUCAACGGAUAACUGGAUGUACAUCGAAGUCAAACGGGCACAGAUUCACCAGCAGUACGCGGCCAAGCGAGGAGAUCAGGAAUCUCUGCUGGAGAACAUGAACUCCAAGUAUUACUACUACACUCGCACCAAAGGUCUCUUCAGGAUCUGCUACCCCAAGGAGCGACCACCGACCGGUAAGUCAGUUCUUCGGUGCCCGGAGACAGUCAUUAAUUUUUACUUUGCACGUAACAACAAAUAGUAGCAGGAGUUUUUCACUUUGUUUCUAGCGGUUAGAA